AAACAAACCUUGCGGUGUUUUGUUGGUUAUGUUAAAUAAACAUUGUAGUUUUUGAAUUAGUAAUGGAUGAUAAGAAAAUUUUUAACUUUUGUAAACAAGCAGGAUGCUGUGACUCCUGCAGUUUAAGAUAUUUAGGACUGAAAAGCUCAACGGUUUAUGAAGAUAUAAAAAAGUCUGCUCAAAAGUACAAGGAUGAAAAAGUAGUAAGUUCAGAAAAUGAAAAACCUCCAGAUGACAAUAACAAAGAUAUUACGAACUGUGAUAUUGAACCUCCAAUUAAGAAAUUAAAGCUAUCUGUAUGUGUAACAUGUCUCGGUAUCCUACAGGAGGAAACAUGGGAUGAAAGUUUUAGCAUGGUAAAGGAGGUUCUGGAGAAAAAAAAAUAUCUCAGUAACACAUUUGCAUGUGCAUUGUCUUCACCAAUUGUGACUAUACUCCGAGAAAGGGCUAUGGCUUUGCAACUCAAUAAUGAAAUACCAGAUUAUGAUGUCAAUAUUGUGACACCUUUAAAAGAAGCGUGGAAAUGGUCUUUCGGUACUAAACUGGCGACAGUCAUUGACAAGAAAUUGGACUCAGGAGCUGUGGCGCCACUUUUAAUUACAUUUAACUAUGACUAUUUGGAUGAUUUGCAGGAAUUAGAGAUAAUAAAAAAAAUAGCGGCGCCAUUAUUCGAAUCGCGCCGUAAGCAACACAAGCGCUUUGCGACUGAGUUCACUAGACGCGUUGUAGAGCAAGCGCUGGAGAACGUUACAGUUGAAGCGCUUAAAGCGGCCAGCGAUAGUUGCUGUAUGGCGGCCGUUGAGACAGCCGCUAAAUGUGUUAGUGUUGUUUGUACACACUCGCCUUUGUAUCUCGGAGGAAGAUAUAUAAAACUAAGUCGGGACUUACCGCAGACUCCGUGGAUAUUGUCUGGACGGAGAGUGAUGCCUUCGUCUGUCCAGGAGAUAAUAUUUCAGCCUAUUGCUGAUUUAUAUUGUAUGUCAGAGGCGGAGGCGGAGCGACGACUGAAGUUGAUAGCGGCGGGCCGUGAGGACGUCGACGUCCGUUGUCUCGGACAGGGACGACCCUUUGCUAUUGAGAUUACAGACCCACAAAGGCAGUUAACGACUGAAGAACUAGAGAAGGCUUGCAAAUUGAUAUCAAGUGGAGGUGAAGUUAUUGUCAAAACAUUACUGCCUAUUGUUAAAGAUGAUUUGGUUUUAUUAAAGAAAGGCGAGGAAACUAAAACCAAAACUUAUGAAGCUAUAUGUAUAAAAUUAUCGCAUUCUGAAUUUGAUCAGAUAGAUACAAAUACACCAGUGGCUGUAACGGAUGUAGAUUUAGAACGUAUCAACUCGUACCGCAACACGGAGAGCGGGGAGGCGCGCGUAGAGAUAUCUCAGUCUACCCCCAUACGCGUGCUGCACCGCCGCCCGCUGCUCGACAGGACGCGGCAUAUUAUUGAAGUACACGCUAGUAAAAUAUCAGGCUACCCGCAGCUGUUGCUGCUCCACGUGCGCACGUCAGCAGGCACGUACGUAAAGGAGUGGGUGCACGGCGAGUUGGGGCGCACGCGGCCCUCACUCGCGCACAUACUGGGGGCACGCGCGGACCUGCUGGCUCUUGACGUCACAGCCGUGCACCUCGCCUGGCCGCCGGAACACGAAUGACAAUAAACAUUAAAAAGA